CAUCACUUAGUGCCAAUUGAUAACACAGACAUGAACUUCUUCUUGAAAGCGUGCAUCUUCUGUACAAUGGUCGCCGUUGGUUCGGCCCAAUUCGAUCUGUGGUUUGACAACUCGGAAAGCAACCCGGCUGUGCGACGACCAAAACCACCGCAUGGUGCUGCACCUCUACUCCCCACUAUCCAAAAGCCACCCCCUGUUCUUGCAAGCCAAGCGCAAGAGCAAAGAGUCGUCAAUUUCCAGAACAGUUCACUGGAGCGGUUGUUUGCUCGAUCCUUCAAGGUGGAUACCGCUGUUGAGUUUCAGGAUGCCGUUGUUCAACUGUAUAUCCGCAGUCAACGCGAACUGGAUCUCUGUGCAGAGUUUCUAUGGGAAACUCAUCUGCUCAAAGAGUACCGACGCUGUGCAGCCCUGACGCAGCGUGCCAUCUGGCGGCAGGUUCAGGUACUCAAGGAAGACAUUCGAGCUUUGACCCUGGCGGACUACGAGUACGUUGACUAUUGAGUGCUACUAGAUUGAUUUUUGUAACAAUUUAUUUAUUACGCAAUACAACAAUG